UACAUGUGACGUCAGAGGACAGACAUGGCGGAGUAUAGCCAGGCCGGGCUCCUGGCGGCUCUGCUCCUGUUCACGGCCCUCACGGUCCGCGACGUUUACCUGGGCAGGUCGAGCCCACACCGAGGACAGCAGCCGACCGAGAGACCCGGACACUCCCCGGACACCGUGCCUGACACAGAGCCCGGGAGACCGGCCAAAGCUUCGCUGUACAGCGGCCCGGUGCUCCGGUUCCAGUACUGCAUCUCCUGAGGUUACAGCAAAGUGUUCCAGGACUACUCUCAAGCCAUCAGCCAGGUGUAUCCAGACAUCCGCAUCACAGGAGAAAACUACCCCCCCACCCCAUUUAACAGGGUUCUGGGAAACCUGAUCUCCUACCUGAAGCUGCUCUCCAUCCUUCUCAUUGUCAGCGGCCAGAAUCCCUUCGUCCUCCUCGGCCUCGGCACUCCCCGAGCCUGGACCUGGAGUCAGGACAACAAGAUCUUCUCCUGUCUGAUGGCAUUCUUCCUGUGUAACAUGAUGGAGACUCACUUCCUGUCUACGGGAGCUUUCGAAGUCACUCUGAACGACGUCCCUGUGUGGUCGAAGCUGCAGUCCGGUUACGUCCCAAACAUCCAGGAGAUGUUUCAGAUCCUCGACAACCACCUGAAGAUGAACCAGGUGGAUCACAUGACCUUCUCCUCCACUUAGAGCUGCAGGUAGCUGUGCUGCUUUCAGGCAUCCUGGCUCAGUGGGAAGUUCAGCCGCUGGCGUUCAUGAAGGUCCGGCCUUAAAGCAGACUCUGCGGGGCCCGACUGGACGUCCUUCGCCACAAAACGAACACUCCCUCUGCACGGGGUCACAGCUCAGCACCACAACUCCCAGAAUGCACCUGUGCAGCGGAGACAGACUGCUGCUAACGUUGGGUUAGCUUCAUGCUAAUUAGUCUCCGUGUGAUGAAUAAUUAGAGCUGAAAUUGUUAGUCUGUUGUUUUUAUUUAAUGUCAAAAGGAAACGAGAAUCUACAAGUCCUGUUUGAACUGAACAUGAAACAACGUGUGGCUGUGAAUGUUUUGUCUGAUUCCGUUCAGUGAUUGGUCAGGUGUGUAACUCACCUGUUUCAUCACAGACUGAUGAAACAGGUGAGCCACAUUACCUAGUGUUUUAGGUCCUGUGGCUGAGCACCUGGUUCAGAUCAGUAAUCACGCUGGGUUUCAUGAAAUAAAAGAUGGUUGCAGUCUGA